UCUUGUAAUAAUGGUUAGUUUACGCAAGAAUCUUCAAGAUGUGGAGUCAAAUCGCUGUCCUUUGUUCGUUUUUACUUUAUACGGUGUACUCGCAAAAUACAGAUGAUUGUGUAUGUGUACAAUAUUAUCAAUGCAGUGUCAAUGGUACAGUAAUUACUGAUGGAGAUGGACUACUUGGUGAAAGACUUGGUGAUUCAUGCAACAACUGCAACUGUCAAGGCACCGACGUCUGCUGCCUCCUCCCCAAAAACGAAACCGUGGUCUCCCGUCAACCCGAAACCUUGCCAGCUUGUGGCUACAGCAACUCAAACGGCAUCGGUAACUCCAACGCCGGAGACAGCACAACCUCCCUCGGCAACGAAUCCGUCUUCGGAGAAUUCCCAUGGAUGGUACAAAUUUUCGAAGACUCAAAGUACCGAUGUGGAGGUUCCUUGAUCCACCCUUCCGUCGUCCUAACGGCUGCCCAUUGCGUCAAGUUCUUCAACAACAGGACCUACACUGUACGAGCUGGGGAAUGGGACACCUCAAGCACCAACGAAAUUAUGAAGCACGAAGAUCGUGGCGUGUUCGCCAUCAAGUCCCAUGAAGGAUUCAGAGACAAAAUUUACUAUAAUGACGUCGCCUUGGUGUUUUUGUCCGAAGCUUUCAACCUUAAGCCACACAUCAACGUCGCAUGUUUAGCACCAGCAGAGGGUAUUUCGACGAAUACCAGAUGUUUUACGAUUGGUUGGGGAAAGCCUAAAAUUGCUCCAAAUCAGAAUGAUUCAACCAUUUUGAAGAAAAUUGAUCUGCCUUUGAUUGGGAGACCUGAUUGUCAGAAAGCCUUGAGAACAACAAGGGUCGGACAGUAUUUUAAUCUCCACGAAAGUUUCAUCUGUGCGGGAGGGGAGAAGGAUAAAGAUGCGUGUACUGGAGAUGGGGGCGGUCCUUUGUUUUGCCCUAUUGAAGGUCAAGAGAAUAGGUUCCAGCAAGUGGGGAUAGUGGCCUGGGGUAUUGAUUGUAAUACGGAAGGAAUUCCUGGAGUGUAUGCAGAUGUCUCGGUUUUGAGGAAAUGGAUUGAUAAAGAGAUGUCUUCUAGAAAUUUGGAAACUAAUAUCUACCAGCCAAGUUAAUUUUGAGACGAUUCGCAUAACUACUGGUUUUAGUCAACAUUGAACAUUUAUGACCAGCGUCAGACGUUUCAGGCCCCAGACUUACGUAAUUUAAUUCGAUUUAAUUUAAUUAUGGUGAUAUCCUUUAAUGAUAAUUUGUAAGUUUGAUAACUGAUAUGAAUCGAUAUUGAAUGCAAACAGGUAAUAAAAUAAUUCUUAUUGUUUUAGGUACCUGUGCGUGUUAAUAUGGAAAAUUUAUUUCAAUUGUUUCAAACGAAUCAUAUUUCUUUCAAUAUCAUAAGGUGUCACAAAAUGAAUAAAAUUUUUGCUUCUU